ACAGGUGGUUAUGACGGAUCGAUGCUCAAUGGUCUCAAUAUACUUCCUUCAUAUACCAAUUACUUUGAAUUGAACAACGUCACAAAGGGUUUAAAUACUGCCUCUGUGUCAAUCGGCGGGUUUAUAGGCCCCUUGGUAUCUGGUAUUGCAGCUGACCGACUUGGUCGACGGCCGGCUAUUUUCUGGGGCUCAUGUUUAACGAUCCUUGGAAUCAUAGUCCAGACUGCGGCGCAGAAUAUUGCCAUGGAGGAUUAUAAUAGGGUUUGGAAGUGCUAUAACCGGGGUUGCAGGAGGGGUAUAUUUGUCCGAGGCGUUUCCUAUGAGUACUCCGAAUAUGAGAAACAGGAACCGCGAUUUACCUCGGGAUAUAGUAUUGGGGCCUUGAUUGCAGCUGGGGUUACUCUUGGUACCGGCCAGUGGCAUUCGACUUGGGCAUGGAGAGCUCCAUCUCUCUUCCAGGCAAUAUUCUCAUUACUCUGCAUACUGACUCUCCCAUUUAUCCCUGAGUCACCGCGCUGGCUAGUACAACAAGGGCACUACGAAGAAGCAAGACUUUCUGUUGCCCAGACGAAUUCCCACGGUGACAUUUCUGAUCCUGUUGUCGUUGCAAUAUUCAAAGAAAUUGUCGAUACUUUGAAAUGGGAACAGGAGGAAGGUCAUGGUCUAAGCCCCAUGGAGAUUUUCAAGAGGCCGGUAACCAGAAAAAGACUUCUUGUUGGAAUAUCAGCAGGCCCGUUUUCCUGCAUUGCAGGAAACGUAAUUGCAUCCUACUAUUUAGGCUCUGAACUUGAUACUGCCGGAAUCACGGACACUAACGAUCAACUCAAGGCGAAUGUCGUUUUAAAUACCUGGUGUCUUAUAUGCAGCCUUAUAGGUACGCACCUAGCAGCUGAAUGGGGGAGAAAAUCGACGGCAAUUCUGUCCCAGAUGCUCUUGUUACUUUGCCUCUUCGUGAUAGGGGGCCUUUCAAAGAUGUAUGCAUCAGACCCUGCUGGCGCAUCCAAUGCCUUGGUAUAUGGGAACGUUGCUAUGAUGUUUCUUUUUCAAGGGUUUUAUUCCAUGGCGUGGACGCCGCUCUUAUAUCUCUACCCUUCAGAGGUAAUGAACUAUACCAUGCGUGCCAAUGGUGUUGCUCUUUCGUCAUUUUCUUUGAAUGCAUUUGCGCUUAUCUUCACAUUCAUCAUGCCAGUCGGAUUGGGUAACAUUGGAUGGAAGAUGUACAUCAUUAAUGCAUCUUGGGAUAUAAUUGUGCUGGUCCUCAUUGCUAUCUAUUGGGUUGAAACCAAGGGCAAGACAUUGGAAGAAAUUGACGCCUUAUUUGAGGGCGAAAAGCAUUCAUCAGUCCCUGAUAUUGAGGUAAUUCGCAAAGGAAAGGAAGAAAUUGACACAGACGCUAUUGAGGAGCAACUCACGGCGGAACUGCAUCAAAACUUUAAAUGA